AUGACAAAUAUCAACAAACCCCGGCGGAACUGCUCUACGUUCUUCUUCCUGUUUAAACGAUCACCAAAUGGCGGACGACGCCGAGGUCGUGGUCGUGGACGCGGUGCACGUGGAGGAAAGUCCGAAGACAAGGAAUGGGUUCCUGUUACCAAGCUGGGCCGCCUGGUUAAAGACAUGAAGAUCAAGUCUCUGGAGGAGAUCUACCUGUACUCUCUUCCCAUCAAAGAGUCAGAGAUCAUUGACUUUUUCCUGGGCUCUGGUCUGAAGGAUGAGGUUCUUAAAAUCAUGCCUGUUCAGAAACAGACUAGAGCUGGACAGCGUACUAGGUUCAAGGCCUUUGUUGCCAUUGGAGACUACAACGGUCAUGUUGGCCUGGGAGUGAAGUGCUCUAAAGAAGUGGCCACCGCUAUUCGUGGAGCUAUCAUUCUGGCUAAGCUGUCCAUCGUCCCAGUCAGGAGAGGCUACUGGGGUAACAAAAUCGGAAAGCCCCAUACCGUCCCCUGUAAGGUGACUGGACGCUGUGGAUCUGUCCUGGUGCGUCUGAUCCCUGCCCCUCGUGGUACUGGAAUCGUGUCUGCACCCGUGCCCAAGAAGCUGCUCAUGAUGGCUGGUAUCGACGAUUGCUACACCUCUGCCAGAGGAUGCACGGCCACACUUGGAAACUUUGCCAAGGCCACCUUCGAUGCCAUCUCCAAGACCUACAGCUACCUGACUCCUGACCUCUGGAAGGAAACUGUCUUCACAAAGUCUCCAUACCAGGAGUUCACUGACCAUCUGGCUAAAACUCACACCAGAGUGACUGUGCAGAGGACUCAGUCGGCUGUAGGAGCUCCGACCUCCUAA